CAUUAAUCUUGUCCGAUCCUCUUCGUAUCUCUCAAUCUCCAACGUUUGGCCUUGUUCUCUACGACGUGCAAACAUGAAGCUGUUGACCUUCCUUUUUGCUAUUCUCGGAGCAUCAACAGCUAUUGUUCUAGCUGCUCCUGCUCCUGUCGAGGGUAGUGUUGGUGCACCAGUUGCAAAACGCGAACCUGAUCCCGAGCCAGUUGACAAGAGAUGGUGCCAACGCCCUGGCGAACCUUGCUAAAUGCCACGCCAGGCAGAUGCCGCCAUGCCUACCUAUCCUUCAACUGCUCAUACCCAUGGCGAGCCAAACAUUGGAGCAUGCUACGACAUCUGCUGCUAGUCAUUGUUUCGAACAUCUCGGAGGUAUAAGUUUUGGUUUUUAUAUGUGCCAUUUCUCUAUUUACGCUACGUCAUUGGAUUAAAAUCAGCCGUCUUUGAAUCGACUUGAUGUCCUUCCCUUCGCAAGCCGGACUCUGGGUCGGUGUGACGCCGACAAUAGUAGUCUUUGGAACAUUGCGCUGGCACAUGACAACAGUUCCCUAAGCCCAAUAACCAAGGACUUUCUCGAUAACGGCGGACGGCCACAUGAGAUAUAAAUCGGGACGCGUAUACGGCUUAUAUCUUUCACGCACAUUGUUGACUGCUUUACGACUCCUCCAAAGUCUCUCUUUUCGUGGAUGGAGUCCAUGUAUUUCACUUCAGAGGACAUUCUUUUGGAUAUUAAAAAGGCGCCGUACAUUUGUGUAUAUAUGUGGAUGUAAAUACCUAUAUGAACCCGGGGGCGGGUA